GACUUACAAUAACUCCUCCGCGCCCCUCGGGUUUCCAGCUCAAGAUCGGGGUAUCAAACAGUGAACAGCCUGCUCCGUCUCUCCAAGUCUUUUAAGUCUGUAAACUUUCCCACAAGUUUGCUCGGAGCAGCGGUUCGCAAACAGCAACAGGAUCGGAGGAUGAUCAAUGAGGGGUCCGAAUGCUACAAGCGCCGUGAUCGGAAGUCGAAGCGAUCCUCGAGGAAAGCGAUCCUGUUCAGGAAAACAACGUGAAGAGAGUCUGCAGCGACUUGAUCCUAUCUUGCAAUAUGGAAUCCAAGGCAAAGAGACAACGACUUUGUCGAGAGAGAGUCGUCGGAUUAAUGUAUGGAAUGGAGGGAUGUUCAGAUGGGGAUAUGUGGAUGCAUCUGAUGUGCGGGGCCGUUCAGUUGGCUCAUUAGAAGGCUGGCCUAAAAUGCGGCCACAGGAUGUCCGCCUCACACUGUCACACACUAAUACUGGUUACAGGUUACCAGCCACGCAACUUCGGGGGUCGAUGGAUAAUGGAUUGCAAGGUCGGCGAAUAAAUGAUGAUAGUCUAUCGAAUAGCAUAGUUAUGAGAUCAAGGGCAGCUUCCUGGGGCCGCCUCUCUGUUAAGAACUCCAUUCAGAUACUACACAAUCUCAAUCCCCGAACCAGCAUGUCCUCUCAACGUUGAGAGUUGAGACACUGAUGAGAGACAGCAGAGAAACGGGCUAUCUCUUGUCUCU